GCGGUGUCCCUAACGAGCCUGUAAUUAGCCAGUGUAAGGGGCUUAGCUCCCUCUCGCUGUCACCUUCUGCUGCCCCCUGGGUGAGGCGCAGGCUGCUGACCACACACUGGCCUGCUUUCCUAUUGGCCGGGGGCCGGGGGGCAGUAAUGGGAUCGGGCAGCUCCUAGUGGGAUUAGCGGUAAGGAGCUCGGAGCGCUGGCCGAGGGGUGGGCAAAGACUUCGCCCGGGCACAGGGGCUCACACACCGCGCCGCUCGGAAGACGCACGCUCGUUGUAACCGGCCCGUGAGGUUUCUGGGGUACAGAACACCCCCCCCCCCUCCCUCCCGCUGCACGCCCCCUCGGCGUUCCCGGACCACGAAGGGUGAGCUCGGGCAGGACCGAAGAGCCGCCGCAGAGGACCAGAGCGCUUGUCCGCACCAGGUUUCCGGAUCGGAGCUCCGCGCCGCCCUCUGCCUCCCUCUCCCGGCCCCGCGUCCGCCAUGGUGCUGAUGAAGGUGAAGUUCCCGUUCCAGCGCCGCGUGCGCCUGGCGCAGGGGCUGUGGCUGCUGUCCUGGCUGGCCACCAUGGCCGGCGCCUUCACCUUCGCGCUGGGCGUCUUCCUCAAGACCGAGCUGCGCCGCCGCAGCGAGGUCAUGGACAACGCCGAGAUCCACGCCGUGCCCAACACGCUCAUGGUGGUGGGCCUGGCCUCGCUGGGCAUCAACUUCUUCUCCGGCCGCAUCUGCCAGGACUCGCUGGACGCCGCCCGCUUCCCGCGCUGGAAGGCCCUGCUGCCGCCGUUCUUCGCCACGGCGCUGCUCUUCACACUCCUCAUGCUGGUGGCCGUCGUCAUGAGCUACGCCAUGAAGGGCAACCUGGAGGAGUCGCUCAAGAUCGGCCUGAAGAACGGCAUCCGCUUCUACAAGGACACCGACACGCCCGGCCGCUGCUUCCAGAAGCAGACCAUCGACCGGCUGCAGAUGGAGUUCCAGUGCUGCGGCAACUCCAACUUCAAGGACUGGUUCGAGGUGCAGUGGAUCAGCAACCGCUACCUGGACUUCAGCGCCAAGGAGGUCAAGGAUCGCGUUAAGAGCAACGUCGAUGGCCGGUACCUGGUGGAUGGGGUUCCCUUCAGCUGCUGUAACCCCAGCUCCCCUCGGCCCUGCAUCCAGUACCGCCUGACCAACAACUCUGCUCACUACAACUACGAGUUCCAGACGGAGGACCUCAACAUCUUCACGCGGGGCUGCAGGGAGGCACUGGUCAACUACUACAUGGGCCUGAUGAACACCAUCGGGGCUGGCGUGCUGUCCGUCUUCCUGCUGCAGAUGUCCGUGCUGGUGAGCCUGCGCUACCUGCAGACGGCCAUGGAGGGCAUGGUGGGCAAGGAGAACACGGAGUGCGACACCGAGGGGUACCUGCUGGAGAAGGGGGUGAAGGAGACCCUGAAGGGCUUCAUGGACGCCUUCCUCAAACUCUUCCAGACCAACCAGGUCACCAUGGACCCGGAGGGGGGCGCGCCCAAUGAGGGGGCGCCCAAGGAGGGCGAGAAGCCGGCCACCUCUGGAAAAUAAACAAACCCAGGCAGAGCUGUGACCCCUGACCCCUGAACUGCCACCCCCCCAGUCUCCUUUCCGCCCCAGCACCACCCCCUUGCCCCUGCCCCCCAGCCCCCACCACUUGACUGGGCAUCUCUCCCCCUGGCACACAAUGACCUGCCUAACCCAGACCCCACACCCUGACCUCUGACCCCCUGCUUCUUAACUGGCCAUGACCUCCCUGAUCUCUGACCUCUCAGUUUUGCCCUCUGGACUUUUGAUCGAAAGGCAAUAUUAAUCUCCUGACUCCUCGCCCUUCACCUUUGACCUCCUUGAUUCUUAACUGGACCAUGCGUCAGCCUGACCUUUCACCUUUGACCUCCCGAAGGUGAAUGUCGACCUCUUAGACUAGGGAAAGCAGCCUGUCUCGUAGGGCCUGGGUGUCCGGACGCCCUGAGUGUCCAGCCCUGAGGCGUCAGCGAUCCGGCCAGUGUCCUGCGGGGGGUGUCUGCCCGCGCACUGCCUGCUGUAGGAGCUGUUGUGUGUCUCUCUCCCAGCGGUUAUCUGACUGUAACCCCACCACGGCGAGAGAACAUUAAAGUUUAACGUUUUUAACUGC